AAUUCCACUCGUUUCCACACGGCCAGCGAUGGUCAACUACUAAAGUUAUUUAUUAGUGUGCACCAUUAAUAAAUUUAUUACGGAAUACCUCGUAAAUGUGCACGAUAAAAUAAAGUUUGCCAAAUUUUUUAAUAUUAAAUAAUGCGAGUGAGCGCAGUUUGGCGGCAUUUUGUCAAAGUUGAUGAAGGAAGAAGAGUUAGAUGCAAAGAGUGUAAUAAAUUGUUGAAAUACAAUAAAAGCACCACGACACUUUCGUUCCACCUAAGAGCUAUGCAUGGAAUAGAUACAGCUAAGUCUAGCACACAACUAGAUGUUUCCGAAACAGCAAGUACCAUCCGAGAGUUGACCAGCGAGUAUUGUUUCUUAUGUGGCAAAUCAAGCAAACUUUCAAACCAAACAUUCCAAAAUAUAGAGACAUGCAAAGUUCCUGCGUCAGGAAAACCUAUUCAGGUUGUAUUACAACAUUUGGCUAAUUGCGUCAAAACGAAUUUGGUGUUUCAAGGAGUUGCUAGUAUAUGUUUGGAAUGUUGUGACGAAUUAGCCGAAUAUGACAAUUUAAUGGUUAAUUUACUUUCUUUCCAAAAACGGUUAACUGAACGUCUUCGAUCAGUUUUAUCUGGCGAACUCAAAUUGGAGCAAGUCGACUACGAUGAGUCGAUUUCCGAGGCUAUAAUUGUUGAAGACGAUGGUCAGAUAGAAGAUGCCUUUAACCCAGAUUUAGACGCAAAAGAAGAAUUCAUUGAAAUCGUUGGUAAUGAAGAAAAUGUUGAGUGUAAUGUCCAAGACGAAGAAAGUUUGCAAAGCGAAAAAGGUAUUGACGACGAUGAUGAUGACGAUUGGAUGGGGGGAGAUAGCAGUUUAGGUGAGAAAAACCAAGAAUGCGUUGUUUGUGGACUGAUAUUCAAAACAAAGUCUGAACUUUCAAAACAUAUAAGCUCAGCUCAUAAUAUAAAACAAUUUAUUUGCCCUAUUUGUGGGGUAGUGCGAAGGGACGAGGAGUAUUUGGAGUUACAUAUGAAUGUGCAUGAUGGUAAAACAGAAAAUGAAUGCCGAUACUGUGAAAAGCGCUUCACAAGGCCAGUAAAUACCCUGCGCCACAUGCGUAAACAUUGGGAUAAAAAGGAAUACCAGUGCGAAAAAUGUGGAGAACGUUUCUCUUUGGACAAUAUGCUAUAUAAUCACCGAAUGCGACAUGAAGCCGAAGAGAAUCCACUUAUAUGUAGUAUAUGCAACCAAUCAUUUAGGUCACGAAAAACUUACAAUCACCACAUGCUCAUACAUCAAGAGAAUAGACCACGGCACCACUGCACACACUGCUCAAAAUCUUUCACCGAACGUUAUACACUAAAAAUGCACAUGAGAACGCACAAUAUUGAAUUACCAUCGUGUCGGUAUCGCGUGGCUCAAUUAUUAGAUGAACAGGAGCAAAACGAAACAAAGGAAGCAGUGUCAACGCUCAUAUCAAAAUUUGAAACGACAUCACCUCAGAAGGAGUUUAGGUGUGUCAUUUGCAGUCGAAUAUUUGAGAAUAAGGAAAACUUGGAGAAACAUUUGGAAAGCGAUCAUGAUGUUAUCUUAGACGAAGAACAAAACCAAUGAUUUGCAUAUGUAUAUAUUUUAUUAUAAAAACAAAUAAAUGGUAAUAAAAACUAAA